GGAGCUGGACUGGGAGUCUGGAGAUCCCGGGCUGAGGCCGGACCCCGAGUGGGAGGAAACUCUUCUUACAGAGACUCAUCUGCAGGUGAUUCUCCGAGGAUACGGGAAGAUAGUUGUAAACUCUGGAACCUAGACUCUUUUUUAAGUGGAGGGGAGCUGCUGUUACUGUGGAUGAUGGCCAAACCCACUCUGAAAGGGAAUGGCACUAACGCUGAGACCUUCCGACAGCGCUUCAGGAGAUUUCACUACCAGGAGGUAGCUGGGCCCCGAGAGGCCUUCAGCCAGCUCUGGGAACUUUGUUGUCGGUGGUUAAGGCCCGAGGUGCGCACCAAGGAGCAGAUUGUAGAAGUCUUGGUGCUAGAGCAGUUCCUGACCAUCUUACCUUGCGAGAUCAAGAACUGGGUACAGGAGCAAUGUCCAGAAAAUGGAGAGGAGGCAGUGGCUCUGGUGGAAGAUUUAGAAAGAGAGCCUGGAAGACCUGGACGUUCGGUUACAGUCUCUGUGAAGGGGCAGGAAGUGCACUUGGAGAAGAUGACACCCCUGAAAUCAUCACGAGAGUUAUUAAGUGUUCGGCAGGAGUCAGUGGAACCCCAGUGCCGGGGUGUAACCAAGAAUGUAACCAAGAAAGAGAGGGCAAGAAGCCCAGACCUGGGACCACAGGAGCAGAUGAACACAAAGGAGAAGCUCAGACCUUUUCAAAGGAGCGGAUUUCCAUAUCCUAAAUCCGGUGUGGUCUCCAGAUUGGAGCAAGGACAGCCAUGGAUUCCAGAUCUGGGCUCCAAGGAGAAGGAACGCCCAAGCAGCAGUCACAUAGGAGAUAAACGAAUGCAUGCUGAUCUGUUACCAUCUAGGAGAGAGAGGAGAAGCUGGGUGGAACAGGAGCAAUGGGGCUUUGAGGACGAGAAGGUGGCAGGUGUGCAUUGGGGCUAUGAAGAGACUAGAACUCUUCUUGCAAUUCUCAGUCAGACUGAGUUUUAUGAGGCUCUCCGGAACUGUCAUAGAAACAGCCAAGUGUAUGGGGCUGUGGCUGAGCGACUCCGGGAAUAUGGCUUCCUCCGAACCCUGGAACAGUGUCGGACCAAGUUCAAAGGUCUCCAGAAGAGCUAUCGAAAAGUCAAGAGUGGACACCCUCCUGAGACCUGCCCCUUCUUUGAAGAGAUGGAAGCCUUGAUGAGUGCUCAGGUCAUUGCCCUACCCAGUAAUGGCCUGGAAGAGGCAGCCUCUCACUCUGGCCUGGUGGGCAGAGAUACUGAGUCUGAGGAGCCAGGGCAAGGGGGCUGGGAGCAUGAGGAGGGAGCAGAAGAGGCUGUAGCUGAGGGGUCUGACAGUGACGAAAUGGACCAGGAGGCCACCCUUCAGGACCCUGAUAAAUCAACAGCACCUGUCCUUUUCCGAAGCCCAAGUGGUGUACACUGGGGCUAUGAGGAGACCAAGACUUACCUUGCAAUUCUUAGUGAGACUCAAUUUUAUGAAUCCCUCCGGAACUGUCACCGCAACAGCCAGUUGUAUGGAGCAGUGGCUGAGCGGCUAUGGGAAUAUGGCUUCCUUAGGACACCAGAGCAAUGUCGGACCAAGUUUAAAAGCCUACAGACUAGUUAUCGGAAAGUUAAGAAUGGCCAAGCACCAGAAACCUGUCCCUUCUUUGAAGAGAUGGAUGCUUUGGUGAGUGCCCGGGCAUCUGCCCCACCCAGUGAUGGUCAGGAAAUCAAAGUUUCUUGCCCUAUUCAAACCAGUGAGGCUGAAGCUGUGAUGCAAGCUGAGGAGGCAGAGGAGGCCACAGAAGAUUCUGAUGAUGAAGAGGAGGAUACUGAGGUACCCCCGGGGGCUGUCAUGAUCCGGGCUCCAGUCUUAUUCCAGAGCCCCAGUGGUUUUGAGGCUGGAUUUGAGAAUGAAGAGAAUCUAAAACGGGAUAUUUCUGAAGAAGUACAACUGCAUAGGACAUUACUUGCAAGGUCUGAAAGAAAAAUUCCCCGUUACUUUAACCAGGGUAAAGAGAGUGGAUGUAAAUCAGGAAGACAGUGGGAAAAGACCCCAGGGGAAAGGAAAGGAAAACCAGCACUCCCAGAGAGGAGUUUAGGUAAAGUCCUAAGUCAUCAGAGACCUUACUUAGGAGAGAGACCCUAUAAGUAUCUCAGAUAUGGCAAAAGCUUUGGUCCAAACUCCCACCUCAUGCAUCAGCUAUCCCAUCAAGUGGAAAAUCCAUAUAAAUGUGCUGACUGUGGAAAAAGCUUCAGUCGGAGUGCACGUCUCAUUAGACAUCGGAGAAUCCACACUGGAGAGAAACCUUAUAAGUGUCUUGACUGUGGAAAAAGUUUCCGUGACAGCUCAAAUUUCAUUACCCACAGAAGAAUCCACACAGGAGAGAAACCUUAUCAAUGUGGUGAGUGUGGAAAACGCUUCAAUCAGAGCUCAAGUCUUAUAAUUCACCAGAGAACUCACACCGGAGAAAAGCCCUAUCAGUGUGAAGAGUGUGGAAAAAGCUUCAAUAACAGUUCUCAUUUUAGUGCACAUCGGAGGAUACACACAGGAGAGAGACCCCAUGUGUGUCCUGACUGUGGGAAGAGUUUCAGUAAGAGUUCUGACUUACGUGCACAUCAUAGAACCCAUACAGGAGAGAAACCUUAUAGGUGUCAUGACUGUGGCAAGUGCUUCAGUAAAAGUUCUGUUCUUAAUAAACACCGAGAAAUCCAUGCACGAGAAAAGCUUCUGGCACAGUCAGCACCUUAAGUAGCCCCUGAGGCUCUCUAAAGAAAAGAGCCUCAAUAAGUGUGUUGUUUGGAAAGUCUUCCAAUAGUGAGAUGUAACUCCCUAUUCUGUGUCCAAUUAGCUUAGGAAAUACUCUUUAGGGUUUACCUCACUGGCUGUUCCUGUUUCUCCUGAUCUCCCAAGGCAGUGAUUUUAAGAAUGAAGGGACAAUUUCAGUCCCUCUCCUUGCCUGCAUAGAUAACACUUUUUCCUCGCAGUGCCUCGGUUGAUCCCUUAAUCCAGCAGAGGACAUAGUAGUAGAUCCUAUGAGUUUAAAGUAAUAGCCUUCCUUCCUUGUUAAUCAUCUUCAUUUUGACUUGAAAACCCCAUCACAGCAGCAUUUCAGGGAGAAGAGAUUUUUCUCACUGAGUGGGCUUAACUCUUUAUACAAAAACAAAUACAAAACACAGUGACUGUUCAUUUAAGCCUCUACUGAGAAUAACAUACUCUGAGAAUAUCACAUACUCUCUUCAUGUACUAACAGAGUUUAAUGUUAUUCUUGCUUCAGACCUAUGAAUUAUCUUGUCAAGAAACUAGGUGUUCUAUGUCAGGAAACAAUGUAUACCUUCUAUAUAUACUGAGGUGUGAACCCUGGAUUUGUUUUAUCCAAGUCCUAAAAGAUUGGGACUAGAGCAAUAGCAGUAUAUUUAUAGCAUUUAGUAUUAAUUUUUUUCCCCAUCCUAUCUCAGCUGAAGUUUAUCUGUCCCAUGUGAUCUAGAAUCCUAGAGAAUAAGCUAGCUGGACACAGUGAUCAAGAAAGCAGUUAAAGCAGCUAGUAGGGAAUGCACAUAUUCCAAACACCUGGUCUAUUAUGAUGCACCCCAUAGGCACUCAGUAAUAACCCACAAUAAGCAGAAGCCACUGCCAUAUUCCCACUGAUUGGGAAAACAACACUUUGUGCCAACAACUCAAAUUAUCUCUGAUCAGUAGAACUGCCAGUACUCACCCAUGUACAUGCACAUAUACAACUAUAAAAUCUAUUUUACAAGCAACCCUUCAAACACAAAUUUUUAUAAUUAAAUAGUACUGGAUUGUUGCCUUUAUGUUCACAUGAGUAUAAUGAACCCAGUAGAGCACAAGUUAAAAAAAAAAACCUCAUUCUUGUCAUUACACUCUGAAAUGGAAGACACUGACAUGACAAUCAGAGGGUACUUAUGUAUAGUUGCAACGGUUUUGGAGAAAUUUACAAAGUAAGAUAAUAACACCACAUAAAUGUUAUGGUAUAAUGCUAUAGAGUUUACUGUAAGAAAAAUCUGGGAGUUCUUUUUAUUUAGGAAGGUUUCAUGUACAGGAAGUGAUUAGCAGGAUGUGACUGGGUAAUUGGGGCAAAACUGAAUGCUGAAUAGGUGAGAAACGAGAAAAAUUUUGGCACAAGGUGUUUCGUGUAGAUGGAGCAGCGGGCAAAGGAUAGACUACAAGAAAGGUAAGACAAAAGUUGGAGGAAUAGUGUGAUAUGGGCUAUGCAGAAGGGAGUGAGAAAAUCGCCUUAGCUGAAACAUGGAGUGCCAGAGGCAGACCAAGAGGUCAAGUUCCAGUCAGCUAUAGUAAAUUGGACAUUGUGCCAUGUUUAAUGAUAAGGAAACAUCGGCUAGCACUUAGGAAGACAAAUGAGCAGUUUUAGGGGACUAACUUCUAUGAGAGCCAAAGUUUGAAAAUACUUUUAUGGCAGGUCAGAGGAAAGGUGAGUGAGCAGAUGGCUGAGUCCUGAGAUGUGUAGUUGUUCGUACUCGUAUUUGGAGUUCUGUGACUGGAAUGAGAACUGGGAGAGAAGUGGGGAGAUAGAAUAUUCUAUAAUUCAUAGCAUACUGUGUUAAAUAAAGCAUUAGGGUUGUGGUGUUGAGGGAUCCUACCUAGUACAAAGAAUAUUCUUACAUGUAUUAGGAAUUAAGAGGGUAUUUCAAUUAUAUUGACUAAACCAGACAGUAUAAGAAAUACCAAUCUUAAAGCAAUGUCUCAGGUUCUGAGACACUUAGGAAGUGUGCUAUAAUUUUUUUUUUUUAAAGAGAUGACUAUCUAGUAUAUCUAUGUAGUCUUGGAGAAAGCAUUGUUUGGGGUAGUAACCUCUAUGAAUACUGGUUUCCAGAUGUCUUGUGUGUAAGUCAACCUGCUUCCAUUCUCUUUCUGUAAAGCAGAUUUAUGUUUAUACCUUAAUCUGCCUCUCAGGGAUACUAUGUUAAUA